AUGCAGUUCAGGCUCUGGAGGAACAGAGGCAAGCCGAUAUCAAUGCCGCAGCACUAUCUCGGUGGCUUCAACAUGAUACAGAAUCUCCGAGAAACCGGAGCGUGCAAAACUUGGGUUUCUGCAUUGCCGAAUUGUCGGAGCUGA